AUGGUCCGAAUCAAGGAGAGAUAUCUUCUCGUCAAUAUUCUAUAUCUAACAGGGGACUCGAAAUCGCAAGCGUCUAAUGUCCCGGACUUUGUCGUCAUUCAUCAACCGACAACGGGCAGUCUCACUCCCCAGUCCCUGCUGAAGGCCAUCAGAGCUGAAGUUGCUAUCCUGUUCGGCGACUAUGGUUCUGGCGCUAUCGAGGGGAACCUUCAAGUCAAGUACCUUUCUCCUGCAACGUCAACUUUCAUUCUGAAAGUGAAGAGAGCACACUACCGUCUCGUUUGGGCUGCCCUGACUUUCAUGAAAUGCGUGCCGCUUAAGACAGGGGAAGGCAAACCGUGCAUUUUCAAGGUCGUCAGGGUGAGCGGCACUAUUCGCAAGGCCGAAGAGGAGGCCGUUCGACAAGCUAGACAGCUCGUGCUCGCCGCCAAGGACUCUGCCGCGGCCACUACCAGCGGCGCUCUGCCGAUUUUCACCGAACCUAAGGUCCAAGUUGAAGACACUGUCAUGUUUGACGCGUCAGACGUCUCUGACGAGGAUGAAAUGGGUGAAGAAGACGGCUGA